AUGUUAGUUACACAAGAAGAAGAAAACGCAAUCGACGGCCUUAAGCCGAGAAUAUACACGGACGGCAGUAAGUUAGAAGACAAAGACGUGCCUCCGGGUGAUUUUGUUUUAGCGCCUGAACCUAAAACAAAGAAGAUUACUCAGAUUAAUCCUAUUGAUGAGGUACUUACCGCUGACGUUAUCCAGGACGUGCCUCCGGGUGAUGUUGUUUUAGCGCCUGAACCCGAAACAAAGAAGAUUACUCAAAUUAAUCCUAUUGAUGAGGUACUUACCGCUGACGGUAUCCAGGUAGUGCCUCCGGGUGAUGUUGUUUUAGCGCCUGAACCUGAAACAAAGAAGAUUACUCAGAUUAAUCCUAUUGAUGAGGACGUGCCUCCGGGUGAUGUUGUUUUAGCGCCUGAACCUGAAACAAAGAAGAUUACUCGGAUUAAUCCUAUUGAUGAGGUACUUACCGCUGACGUUAUCCAGGACGUGCCUCCGGGUGAUGUUGUUUUAGCGCCUGAACCCGAAACAAAGAAGAUUACUCAAAUUAAUCCUAUUGAUGAGAUACUUACCGCUGACGUUAUCCAGGAAGUGCCUCCGGGUGAUGUUGUUUUAGCGCCUGAACCCGAAACAAAGAAGAUUACUCAAAUUAAUCCUAUUGAUGAGGUACUUACCGCUGACGUUAUCCAGGAAGUGCCUCCGGGUGAUGUCGUUUUAGCGCCUGAACCUGAAACAAAGAAGAUUACUCAGAUUAAUCCUAUUGAUGAGGUACUUACCGCUGACGUUAUCCAGGUCGUGCCUCCGGGUGAUGUUGUUUUAGCGCCUGAACCCGAAACAAAGAAGAUUACUCAGAUUAAUCCUAUUGAUGAGGUACUUACCGCUGACGUUAUCCAGGACGUGCCUCCGGGUGAUGUUGUUUUAGCGCCUGAACCCGAAACAAAGAAGAUUACUCAAAUUAAUCCUAUUGAUGAGGUACUUACCGCUGACGUUAUCUGGGAAGUGCCUCCGGGUGAUGUUGUUUUAGCGCCUGAACCUUAA